GGGCUAGAGACUACUAGUAAGGUGGUUUCCCCUAGAAAAAACAUAAAAAAAGAGUAGUUAGGUGGUUAAAUUUUAGAGAAAAUGAUUGAGAAUAACGCGUAAUAUGUGAGUGAUCGAUUCGAGUGUGUUUUAAUUUGUCUCCGCAAUCUCCUGCUGCCUAUCCACUCCUUUAUCCUUAUCUCCUUUUCAUUCUUUCUUCUCUCCAACUACUCACAAAUAACACAUAGAGAUAAUCAACCAUGGCUUUUGCCGGAACAACUCAGAAGUGUAUGUCUUGUGACAAAACAGUUUAUCUAGUUGAUAAGUUGACUGCAGAUAACCGAAUUUACCACAAAGGUUGCUUCAGAUGCCACCAUUGCAAAGGAACCCUCAAGCUUAGCAACUAUAAUUCUUUUGAGGGAGUUCUUUACUGCAGGCCACACUUUGACCAACUCUUCAAAAGAACCGGCAGUCUUGACAAAAGCUUUGAAGGAACACCAAAAAUUGCUAAACCAGAAAAAAGUAGUUAUAAUGAGAAACCUGCAGCAGCCAAAGUGUCAAGCAUGUUUGGUGGAACCAGAGAGAAAUGUUCUGGUUGUCAGAAAACAGUAUAUCCCACUGAAAAGGUUAGUGUGAAUGGAACACCUUAUCACAAGAGUUGUUUCAAAUGCAUUCAUGGAGGGUGUGUUAUAAGUCCUUCCAAUUACAUAGCACACGAAGGAAAACUGUAUUGCAAACAUCACCAUGUUCAACUGAUUAAGGAGAAGGGGAAUUUAAGCCAGCUUGAAGGUGACCAUGAGAAGAAUGCUAACAGUGAAGUUGCUGCAGCUGACUAAGACAUGAAAUGAGAUCAUUGAGUUUUGACAAAAGAUCACUAUAUUUUAUGUUAGCUCUACUGCUUAAUUUACUGUUACUUGGUACUGUCAUUUAUUGUUGUGGCAAAUAAGGUUUUGUUAGGGGUGUUUGAGUCUCAGUCAUUUGUUUUUGUGUUGAGAGAUUAAAAUGAAAGAUUUUUUAACAGUCUUGUUAAUUGAUUGAACAACAUAUUACAAAGAAUUACAAAUGAAUAUUAUAUAUAAGAUUGAGUAACUCUCAAUAUCCCUUAACACUAGACUAA